AAUCAAUGUCUGAAUCCAGCUUUCUCCCCAUUAAUUAGCCGAAACAAAAUUCGUUAAUUUACCAAAAUCAAUCAAUCUACCCCUUUCUCGUCGGAUAUUUUACUGAUUUUCCUUCAGAGAAAGUAUCUUCCUUUUUGACGUCUCCAGGUGGGAGGGUUCUUCAGCCGGAGCUAAAUCUGGUUACACAGGAUGGAUUCCGAAUCUGUCGUGGACAUGAUAGAAGCCUCUUCAGGGGUCCAUUUUUCUGGUUUCCACAUGAAUGGGCUGGCGACAAGAACAGUGCAGGAAAUCACUUCGGAAUCAGACGAUAUGCACAGACAGCCUUUUGUGAUAGGUGUCGCUGGAGGCGCGGCUUCAGGAAAGACUGCUGUUUGUGAUAUGAUAAUUCAACAACUGCAUGAUCAGCGUGUUGUACUUGUUAAUCAGGAUUCGUUCUACCAUAAUUUGACUGAAGAAGAACUUGCUAGAGUUCAUGAAUACAACUUUGAUCACCCGGAUGCAUUUGACACUGAGCACUUAUUAUGCUGUAUGGAGAAAUUGAGGCGACGACAAGCAGUGGAUAUUCCAAAAUACGACUUCAAAACUUACAAGAGCAACGUUUCCAGAAGGGUAAACCCUUCAGAUGUUAUCAUACUCGAAGGAAUACUAUUAUUCCAUGAUACUCGUGUCAGAGAGUUGAUGAACAUGAAGAUUUUUGUUGACACGGACGCUGAUGUCCGUUUGGCUAGAAGGAUCAAACGUGAUACCGCUGAGAAGGGUAGAGAUAUUGGUGUGGUACUUGAUCAGUACUCAAAGUUUGUGAAGCCUGCUUUUGAUGACUUCAUUCUUCCUACGAAGAAAUAUGCAGAUAUCAUAAUUCCUCGUGGUGGGGAUAAUCAUGUAGCAAUCGACUUAAUUGUGCAACAUAUUCGCACCAAGCUCGGUCAGCAUGAUCUCUGUAAAAUAUAUCCUAAUCUAUAUGUUAUUCAAUCAACAUUUCAGAUACGAGGUAUGCACACCCUUAUACGAGAUUCUCAAACAACAAAACACGAUUUCAUAUUUUAUUCUGAUAGAUUGAUCCGGCUGGUUGUAGAGCAUGGGCUCGGGCAUCUACCGUUUACCGAAAAGCAGGUGAUUACUCCUACCGGAUCUGUAUAUUCUGGUGUGGAUUUCUGUAAAAGGCUAUGCGGUGUCUCUGUGAUUAGGAGUGGUGAGAGCAUGGAGAAUGCACUGAGAGCGUGUUGCAAAGGCAUCAAGAUCGGGAAGAUCCUAAUUCAUAGGGAAGGCGAUAACGGUCAACAGCUUAUCUACGAGAAAUUGCCAAACGAUAUCUCGGAGAGGCAUGUCCUACUUUUGGAUCCUAUUCUCGGGACAGGCAAUUCAGCGGUUCAAGCUAUAAGCCUUCUUAUAAGCAAGGGCGUGCCAGAGUCCAACAUCAUAUUUCUAAACCUUAUUUCGGCACCUCAGGGUGUUCAUGUGGUCUGCAAAAGAUUCCCGAGAAUAAAGAUAGUGACAUCCGAGAUUGAAAUCGGUUUGAACGAAGAGUACCGUGUAAUUCCCGGGAUGGGCGAGUUCGGGGACCGAUAUUUUGGCACAGACGAUGACUUUGAGCAAACAAUGGAGUAGUAAUCCAUCCAUGGCUCUGCACAAAACUAUCCCCCAAAGAAUCACCUUUACUUUCUUUCUGGGAAUAAUUUUGAUUUUUUACUUGAUUCAAUACCAUAAUACCCCCCGUGAAGGGUUGAUCUGAUCGAACUCAGGUUCUGAAGUCAUUGUCCAGAUCUCGUUUCUUGCCCUACAAGCAAACCCUGUAUGCCUUUGUGGACAAGUACACAGUUACCUCCGAGAUCUAAAAUCUGUGAAAGGCGCCAGCUUUAGUGGUUUUUGGGUGUGUCUGUGUGUGUAUACGUACACUCGAUAUGUAUAUGUGACGUGGGUUAACCGUAUAAUGUUGGAGUUUGAUCCGUGUUUCAUGUGUUA